ACGACCCCAUAUAACGUUUGACUUGAACAAAGAUCGAGCCACGUUAGCCUUUCAAAUUUAUACAUCAGUAUGAUAUCCGCGUAUAAAUGAAGUAGAAACUUCCAUUUCUUCUCCAAAUCUCACUUCAAUCAGUUUCUUCGUUAAUAGUUCUUCAAUAUGUCUACACUUUUCAAUCUUGCCUUUCUUACGAUCAUUCUUGUUAUGCAACCUGGGACUGUCUCCAGCAACUUCUUGUCUCCUAUCUUCGGUGGUGCUUGUAAAGAAGAUGUAUGUGGAAAGGGUAAUUGCAGAGCUUCAAACGAUACCAGUUUUGGUUUUGUAUGUGAAUGUGAAGCUGGGUGGAAACAAGCUCGUUCUGAAAAUGAUACUGAUUUCAAGUUUUUGCCUUGUGUCAUCCCUAAUUGCACCCUCAACUACUCAUGUGGACAAGCCCCUGCCCCUGCUCCGGAAACUGGGAAAAGAGCUAAUCUUUCAAUUUUCGACCCCUGUCAUUGGACGGAUUGUGGUGGAGGCCGCUGCAACAAGACGUCCCUCUUCAUGCACAGGUGUGAAUGUAAAGAGGGUUACUACAAUCUUCUCAACGUCACUGCUUUCCCGUGCUUCAAGGAAUGUGCAAUUGGAAUGGACUGUUCAAAGCUGGGGUUUGGUGUAAUGAACAGUUCAACUUCUCCUUCAAGCCCCAAUCUGGCUGAUAAUAGCAGUAAUCAAGCAGCAAGCUUCGUCCCCAGAAAUGAAUUUGCUUGGUCGAUUAUCACGGCAACAACAUUGGCUCUGGUUAUGGUGAAGUAGAUGUUGUUGAUAUUAUGUGCCAUUUUUAUGUCUACAUUUGAAUGAUUCAUUCAGAACUUGCAGCGGGAAGUCGUAUAUAGAAUAAUAUCCCGUAGUAGAAUUCAGUGGAGUAUUUAUAUUAUGCUGUUAUUCGGUUGCUUGUUUUAUUGUAUAUGGAACUUUUGACAGUAUAAUUUAUAGAGAAUUUUUUUAUUUUUA